ACCCCAUCAAAAGUACAACCAUAUUUUUCUAUGGAGAAAUUUAUUACUACUCAAGAUAAUGUUUCAUCUAUUAAGUGUGAAAUAAAAAUCAUAAGAUUAAGAAACAUAAACCAAAGUUCAUUAGGGAAAAACAACUUGUUUGUUAGAUGUUAUCUUCCAACAGGAAACAACAAUCAAAGAGUUAAGCUAAACACUCAAGAAAUCUCAUCAAAAUCCAAUUUGUUUUGGGAUGAAUCUUUCUCAUUGGAUUGCAUGGGAACUCAAGACUCCAUUAACAUGAUGAAGCAAGGAACAAUCGUUUUCGAGCUACGAUCAAGAAGAUAUAUUGGUGGCUCACAAGUCUUGGGGAGAUUUGAAAUUCCAUGGAAAAGAGUAUUUGAGUCAACAAGAAUGGAGAUAGAGGAGUGGGCAAUAUUUAUGCCUACUUCAAAGAAUAUUAAUGAAGAUGUGAAACCACAAGAAGUAAAGAUAGGAAUGAAGGUUAAAGUAAAUGAGACAAUUAAAAAAAUUAAUAAGUUGAGAAGAUCAUGGGAUGAGUCAUGUGGUUGCAAGGGUUAUUGUGGAUGUAAUAGUAAUAGUAUUUUUAGUGCUGAUGAUUGUGAAAUAUUUGCACUUGGAGCUGCUUUAGAUGUCCUUUAGUUUUAAGGGACAAAAGGGGCAAAGCACUAAGGUGUUGCCCUAGAUGAGAUUAAUUUUUUUGAGUGACAUUCUUCGAUGAAUUAGUUAGAUUCUUGAAUGUUUUGUAGUUUAUAUUUCAUAAUUCAUGGUUUUGAUAAAAUACAAAUGUUUUUAGAGA